CCGCCAUUUUCCUGCGGCUCCCCGUCCCUCUUGCCCUGCCCGGCUCCAGCUGACCGAGGAAGGGGUGGGCUGAGCUGAGGCGGGGGCGAGGGAGUGCCCGACUCGGUGUCAGACCCCGUGGGGGACUCGGGCCGCUUCUCCUCGGGCUGGGCGGCGGCACGCGGCCCCCGGUCCCCGCCGGCUGCCGAGCGGGGGGGCGCGGAGGAGCCGCAGCGAUGUCCGGCCAGAGCCUGACGGACCGGAUCACCGCCGCCCAGCACAGUGUCACCGGCUCCGCGGUCUCCAAGACAGUAUGCAAGGCCACGACCCACGAGAUCAUGGGCCCCAAGAAGAAGCACCUGGACUACUUAAUUCAGUGCACGAAUGAGAUGAAUGUGAACAUCCCGCAGUUGGCGGACAGUUUAUUUGAAAGAACUACUAACAGUAGUUGGGUGGUGGUCUUCAAAUCUCUCAUUACAACUCAUCAUUUGAUGGUGUAUGGAAAUGAGCGUUUUAUUCAGUAUUUGGCUUCAAGAAACACAUUGUUUAACUUAAGCAAUUUUUUGGAUAAAAGUGGAUUACAAGGAUAUGACAUGUCUACAUUUAUUAGGCGGUAUAGUAGAUAUUUAAAUGAAAAAGCAGUUUCAUACAGACAAGUUGCAUUUGAUUUCACAAAAGUGAAGAGAGGGGCUGAUGGUGUUAUGAGAACAAUGAAUACAGAAAAACUCUUAAAAACUGUACCAAUUAUUCAAAAUCAAAUGGAUGCACUUCUGGAUUUUAAUGUUAAUAGCAAUGAACUUACAAAUGGGGUGAUAAAUGCUGCCUUCAUGCUCCUAUUCAAAGAUGCCAUUAGACUAUUUGCAGCGUACAAUGAAGGAAUUAUUAAUCUGUUGGAAAAAUAUUUUGAUAUGAAAAAGAACCAGUGCAAAGAAGGUCUUGACAUCUAUAAGAAAUUCUUGACUAGGAUGACAAGAAUCUCGGAAUUCCUCAAGGUUGCAGAGCAAGUUGGAAUUGAUAGAGGCGACAUACCAGACCUUUCACAGGCCCCCAGCAGUCUUCUUGAUGCUUUGGAACAGCAUUUAGCUUCUUUGGAAGGAAAGAAAAUCAAAGAUUCUACAGCAGCAAGCAGGGCCACAACCCUUUCCAAUGCAGUCUCUUCGCUGGCAAGCACUGGCCUGUCCCUGACCAAAGUGGAUGAAAGGGAAAAGCAGGCAGCGUUAGAGGAGGAACAAGCUCGUUUAAAAGCUUUAAAGGAACAGCGCCUAAAAGAACUUGCAAAGAAACCUCAUACCUCUUUAACAACUGCAGCCUCUCCUGUGUCCAGCUCAGCCGGGGGGAUAAUGACUGCAGCAGCCAUUGACAUAUUUUCUACCCCUAGUUCUUCUAACAGCUCAUCAAAGCUGCCAAAUGACCUGCUAGAUUUGCAGCAGCCAACUUUUCAUCCAUCUGUACAUCCUAUGUCAACUGCUUCUCAGGUAGCAAGUACAUGGGGAGACCCUUUCUCUGCUACUAUAGAUGCUGUUGAUGAUGCCAUUCCAAGCUUAAAUCCUUUCCUCACAAAAAGUAGUGGUGAUGUUCACCUUCCCAUUUCUUCAGAUGUAUCCACUUUUACUACUAGGACACCUACACAUGAAAUGUUUGUUGGAUUCACUCCUUCUCCAGUUGCACAGCCACAUCCUUCAGCUGGCCUUAAUGUUGACUUUGAAUCUGUCUUUGGAAAUAAGUCUACGAAUGUUAUUGUAGAUUCUGGGGGCUUUGAUGAACUAGGUGGACUUCUCAAACCAACAGUGGCCUCUCAGAACCAGAGUCUUCCUGUUGCCAAACUCCCACCUAACAAGUUAGUAUCUGAUGACUUGGAUUCAUCUUUAGCCAAUCUUGUGGGCAAUCUUGGCAUUGGAAAUGGAACCACUAAGAAUGAUGUAAAUUGGAGUCAGCCAGGUGAAAAGAAGUUAACUGGAGGAUCUAACUGGCAGCCAAAGGUUGCACCAACAACUGCUUGGAAUGCUGCAACAAUGAAUGGCAUGCAUUUUCCACAAUACGCACCACCCGUAAUGGCCUAUCCUGCUACUACACCAACAGGCAUGCUAGGAUAUGGAAUUCCUCCUCAAAUGGGAAGUGUACCUGUAAUGACACAGCCAACCUUAAUAUACAGUCAGCCUGUCAUGAGACCACCAAACCCAUUUGGUCCUGUAUCAGGAGCACAGCUGUCGGCAGCAUCCAGCCCCUCCAGUCACAGUCCUCACAGAGCUUCAGGAAAGGACCCUUUUGCAGAGCUCUCUUUGGAGGAUUUCUUAUAAAUCACUUUAGAUACAGUUUAUGUAACUAGAUGGAAGAGAAUGGGAUUAUUCCAAAAAGACAAGUGCUCAAGUGGCGAAUCCUUACUUCCAGCAAAAUCCAAACUGCUGUCUCUUAAACUCUUCUUCCAUUAGAAUGCUACAGUAACCCAGUGAAGGCCCAUGAAGGAAAUUGGUACUAGUUUAUAGGAGAACCUAUCAAUACAGUUUAUAAAGCCAAGAAUUGCCAUGAUUUAAGACUAAGAUCUGUCUUUUUGGUGACUAACCCUUCACUUCUUUCAACUCCUAUUAAUACCCAUAAUCAGUAACCUAUCAAGAAAAGCCCUUAUUUGGAAAGUGUGAAAUUCGUAUUUGGAAAAGCUGCCUGGAGAGAAGAGCUGUGUCUUUUACUGUAAUUCAACAGGACUUGUUGGGGGAUCAAAAUCAUAAUUCUUAAUUAUGCAUUAUCUUUCUUUUCUCCAGUCCUCACAGACACAGAAACCAUAACUAAAAUUAACUUUCCUUUUUUUAAAAAAAAAAUUUAUAUUCAGUUUGCAGUAGACAUUCCUUAAGUAUUUGUAUUUAUUUAUGAUUAUCAAUUUUACGUAACAUUAAUAUUGUAUCAAACCUCCUUAUGAGAAUGAGUAUGGAUGUAUACAGUAUGUUUGAUUUUUAUCCACAAGAAUGAAUCUGAUUCAGAAUGCUUUUCAGCUGACAUACAGAGCACUAAAUAUUCUAAGGCAAGUCCAUAGGUCUGAAUCUCUUCAGAAUUCUCAGUCUCUGUGGGAUUUAGGGAAGCAUUAAAAAUGCAUUAAUCCUUAUAGUCAAUUCUGUGCCUAGGGUUUUGCAAGGAACAGUUCACUGACUAGGAAAAGCACUACAUUUUAAAUUCAGCAUUAGUGCAUUGGGAAGGAUCUUUACUGCUUUGUGCUUGGCAUGUCAUUAUUUUCCAUUUGACAUUAGGGCCUUUCCAAAAUGAAUGUGAGGAAUUGCUUUCACUUCAAGACUUUCCUUCUUUUCAGUAAAACUCUAGGAGGUGUUAUCGGGGGAGGGGGAGAGGGACAAAAUCCUUGAAUUUUUAUUUGGCUUGUGCCAUGUUAUGAUCAUGUACCUUUUAAAUAAGGGGGAAAUAGUAUCUUUAAAGUUAAUGUCUAGCCAAGAGUUUAGAUAACGAAGAAUUAAACUGCACUGUUGAUCGGUGCUUUGUGUAAAUACAUCUUAAUGCUUGGGUUGAGAUGGGCCUUAAGAAGGACAGUUCAUUGUAGGAAAGCAAUUCUGUACAUGAGUUUAAGCAUACUUGUUGCAUUGUCUCUGCAGAUUCUAUUUUUGUUUACAAUAUUAAAAUGUAUGUUAGCAAAAUGGGUGGAUUUUCAAAUAAAAUGCAGCUUCCACAAAACUUUUGGUAUGGUA